UUUUCAUUGUUCCCUAGAUUAACCAAACUUAUAACACAACAUGAAGUUUUUGGUGUGUUUUUCGCUUUGUCUUUGCACUGUCUAUGGUUCUAAUAUAAUACAGAAAGCAACCAGUCUUGGAGCCAACACACUAGUUGAUUUAAUCCAUAAGGCUGGACUAACAAACACACUUGCAAAUGGAGGUCCUUUUACAGUAUUUGCUCCUUCCGACCAAGCAUUCGCUGCUGUCCCACAAGAAAUUCUACAGAAACUUCAGUCUGAUAAAGCACUUUUACAAAAAGUCUUAAAAUACCAUGUAGUAUCAGGAAUGCAUUACGCCGAUGAGGCAAACAAUGAGUUGAUUAUUCCAUCACUGGUUCCCGGUCUUAACAUUCGAGUUAACAUUUACCAAGGAGGACAGGUUGCCACAGUAGAAGGAAGUAAAGUCGUACUCACAAACCAGAACGCUAGUAACGGUGUCAUUCAUGUUAUUGACAGUGUCAUGUACCCACUACCAGACAACACACUCCUCCAGUAUGUGGCAUCACAGCCAAACCUUUCACAAUUAGUUUAUUCUGUUAUCAGAGCGGACUUACAAGCAGAGCUCGCAGGAGGACCAUUCACUUUGUUUGCACCAGUGGACAGCGCUUUCGACAAAUUACCAGCAGGAUUUCUAAGUGACAAUUUUUUGACACUUGAUGGUUCAAGGCGAUUAUUGCGCUUCCAUUAUGUCAAAGGAACAUUUUACAGUUCAGGAUUAAAAGACGGCAUGAUGGUUCCAACUGUAGAAGGCCAAAAUCUUAGAAUACGUUAUACUAACGGUCAUGUUAUGGUGGAUAAUGCUAGAGUAAUAAACCCCGACAUCAAUGUUGCAAACGGCGUCAUUCAUAUUAUCGAUACCUUUCUACAGCCAUCCAAUCAAACAACAGCUAGCCCUCAUGUAAUUGGUUAGAAAGAUCAAAUUUGAAUCAUUAGACAUUAUUGUUUGAAUGUUGUAUGUUAACUGAAGGAUGCUUAUUUCGUAAAUCUAAAAUCAUGUUUUCAGACUCUUUUUUAAAGAUAUGAUAACCAGUAUUUCUACAAUCAAUACUUUAAUAUGAAAUUGCGAAUAGUAAUAACAUCAUAAUUAUUUAGGUUUUGUAUGGAGCAAAAUUGCUACAAUCGUUUAUAGUUUUUGUGUAUAUCAAAUGAUUAUUUUGUAGUUGUCAAUCAAUGCAUUGACUUACCAUUGCUGUAUAAUGUUUGAAUUUUGUUAUUGUGUAUUCGUAAUAAAUUCAUAAAAAUCUAA